AUGGCACCUCUCCACCGCUGCGUGCCGGCACUGCGCCAGAUCAAGGCGGCCAACUUCGCCUUCAACCGCGCCGCCAUCGCCCGCACUGCUCCCCGCGCCGUCUUUGCUGGCCAGAGACGCUUCGAAAGCUCAAAGAACGAACCCACCACUUCCGCCUCGUCAGAACCUCACCAGCCUCACCCGGACUCUGGCACAAAGGGCCCCGAGGCUCCUGCUCGUAGAAUCAAAUACACCUCCGAAUCAUACCCGGACCUCAAGAGAGACCCCAAGUUUGCCGAGCUCACCGCUGAACACGUCCAAUGGUUCAAGGAUCUGUUAGGCAACGAGUCUGCCGUCCUCGAUGGUGUAUCCAAGGAUGCCUCUGAAGACAUUGAACCCUACAAUGCCGACUGGAUGCGCAAGUACAAGGGCCACACCAAGCUCGUCGUAAAGCCUGGAAACACCGAGGAAGUUAGCAAGAUCCUAAAGUACUGCAACGACAACAUGCUGGCCGUUGUUCCUCAAGGUGGCAACACCGGUCUUGUUGGUGGAAGUGUCCCCGUCUUCGACGAAAUUGUUGUAAACCUGGCCCGCUUGAAUGAGAUCCGCAGCUUUGACGAGGUCUCGGGCAUCCUGGUAGCAGACGCUGGUGUCAUUCUCGAGGUUGCCGACAACUACCUCGCCGAGAGAAAGCACAUCUUCCCCCUGGAUCUCGGUGCAAAGGGCUCGUGCCAGAUUGGUGGUAACGUUGCAACCAACGCCGGUGGUCUUCGUCUACUGCGUUACGGAAGCUUGCACGGUAACGUCCUUGGUAUCGAGGCUGUUUUACCUGACGGUACCAUCAUCAACAACUUGUCAAAGCUCCGCAAGGAUAAUACCGGCUACGACAUCAAGCAACUCUUCAUUGGCGCCGAAGGCACUAUCGGUAUGAUCACUGCUAUCUCUAUCCUCUGUCCUCAACGCAGUCAAGCAACAAACGUUGCAUACUUCGGUCUCGAGUCUUUCGAAAAGGUUCAGCAAGCCUUCACCGAAGCUAAGGGCAUGCUCGGCGAGAUUCUUUCUGCCUUUGAGCUUAUGGAUGGUCGUAGUCAGAACCUUUACAAGGGCGCUAGCGGCAACAGCUUGCCUCUUGAGAAUGAGCACCCCUUCUACUGCCUUGUCGAGACUUCUGGAAGCAACACCGACCACGACCAAGAAAAGCUCGAGGCCUUCCUCGAGCAUGUCAUGGGUGAGGAGAUUGUCAGCGAUGGUGUCGUCGCGCAGGAUCAGACUCAAAGCCGUGAGCUCUGGGGCUGCAGAGAAGGUGUUCCCGAGCAUCUCGGCCACUGGGGCGGUGUCUACAAGUACGACUUGUCGAUUCCCAUCAGCGAGAUGUACGCUCUGGUCGAGGAGACUCGUGCGAAGAUGGAGAAGGCUGGUCUGAUUGGUGACACUGAUGACUUCCCCAUCGUCGAUGUUGUUGGCUAUGGUCACAUGGGCGAUGCCAACCUCCACCUUAACGUGCCCGUACGCCGCUACGACAAAGCUGUAGAGAAGGAGCUCGAACCUUUUGUCUACGAGUGGGUGGCCAAGCGCAAUGGCAGUAUCAGUGCUGAGCACGGUCUGGGUAUUGCCAAGGCACCUUUCAUUGGAUACAGCCGUGACGAGACGAUGAUCAAGCUUAUGCGCCAGAUCAAGGAUCUUUAUGACCCUGUAAGUUUUCGAACUGCAUAUGCACAAUCUACAAGCUUACUGACAACCAUUGCANNGAAGGGCAUCAUGAACCCGUACAAGUUCCUGUCCGGUUAG